CUCAUCCAUAGUUUCACCCUCAUGGCGAAACAUCAUCCAGAUUUAAUUUUUUGCCGAAAACAACCUGGUGUUGGUGAGGUUAGAAAGGCCAAAUGGUGAAGACAUUAUUUCGGCCUAGCUAAGGCAUCUGGAAAAUGUAAAACUGCCAUCACAGAAAAAAAACCAUUGUUCCACCGUGAGAAAAGUUCUGUUGAAGUGUUAAUUUAAAUUUGGCUAUGGUGGAUCGAAUCCACUUCAUGCCUGCAAGAUCCACUACAAACACAUGAAAAAUUGCUGAUGCUAUGUUGGCAGUUAUACAAAGAGCUAUUGGAAGACUUUGUGAAAAAUGUGAUGGUAAAUGUGUAAUAUGUGAUUCUUAUGUUCGACCAUGCACAUUGGUGCGUAUCUGUGAUGAAUGCAAUUAUGGUUCAUAUCAAGGACGUUGUGUCAUUUGUGGGGGACCAGGUGUAUCUGACGCUUAUUACUGCAAAGAAUGUACCAUCAUGGAAAAAGAUAGAGAUGGCUGCCCCAAAAUUGUGAAUCUUGGAAGUGCAAAGACAGAUCUUUUCUAUGAAAGAAAAAAAUAUGGGUUUAAGAAAAGAUAGGACUUAUAUUUUUUUAUUUUAUCAUUAUUCAUAAUUAUUUUUUUCUCAUUGUCAAUAAAAAUGAACAUUUUUUA